GCAAUAAAAUCCAAACCAUAUCUUGAGCUUGAAUUACGCAGAGAAUCAAACAGCGGAGACGCGUAAAAUCUAAAUAUGUGAAAACGUACUACGUAUAUUAACAUUGUGUGGAUAUCUACACCGGCUUUUCUGAAAAAAAAAAAAAAAAAAAAAAUUUUUUUUGAUCGCCUUGAUUGCGCACACCUGUGUGUCAGGUAAGGCCGACGGAAGCGCGUUUGGACGCAGACUCCGAAGUCUUCUCCGGACUGUAUUUAUUAUGGCGACGCCGCUUUUUAAACCUGGUGCGCGUUGUUCCUUUAUGAUUCUCGCGAUUAUCGGCCUGUCAUUUACAUCAUGCUACAACUUGGAAAACGAGUCUGUGGAACCCGACUUGUCCCUGCACCAUGGGAAUAUCCUGAGCCCUUUGCUGAAGGCUUUGUCGGAGCAGAACCCGUGGGGAGAUUUCACACCACGAGCCAAACCCGACUCCAGGUAUGUGCGUUACAUGAAGAGACUGUACAAACUAUCAUCCAAACCGGACAGGAGUCAAGAAGCCUCGCACCUGUACAACACUGCCCGUCUGAUCACGCCUCGAGAGGAGUGUCUCGAGCAAAACCGAGAGUUCUUCAUGCAGGAUAUUUCCUACAGUCUGAAUCGAGUGAGGUCUCAGGAGCAGCUGCUGAAGUCGGUCCUGCUUUACUCUUUCGACCACAACCACAUCGCCCCCUUCACGUCGCUCUGCUAUCUCGACGUGAAAGAACAGAAGCCCUCGAAGGACCAGAUGUGUUCUCCGCACUUCGGCACGCAGCAGUCGGUGCCGCUUCUCAGCUUCCGCGUCCACACCGAGAGAAGGGUCCGCCGCCGCUGGGUGGAGGUCGACGUGACCUCGUUCCUCCAUCCUCUCAUUCAAGCCCAUAAGCAAGACAUCCAUCUGCUGAUCAACCUGACCUGCGUUGAAGACAUGAUCCCCAGACCCGGAGGCCGGGUUCACAAGAGCCCAGUGGAGUUAACUCACAGAUCCCCAUCUCUUCUCCUGUACCUUAAUGACACCAGCGAGGUUGCGUACCAGAGAAGAGCCUCACGAGGUAGGAUUGUAGACCUGACAUCAAACCACUGGGAUGGAAAGUCCACAUGGUGGGAUUCGAUUUCACGAAAGAGACGAGGCACUCUAAAGAGCACCAGUUCGCCGGAAACCAGCGCGCCGAAACUCGUCCCCAUAUACGACUUCCCCACAGACGACUGUGACCUGUAUGAUUUCAAAGUGAGCUUCAGUCAGCUCAAACUGGACCAUUGGAUCAUAGCGCCUCACAAAUACAACCCGAGGUACUGUAAGGGAUCUUGUCCGAGGGCUGUGGGAUAUAUUUAUGGGUCUCCGGUGCACACGAUGGUUCAGAACAUCAUUUACGAGAAGCUAGACUCCUCUGUGCCUAGACCUUCAUGUGUGCCUUCAGAAUAUAAUCCGUUAAGUGUUUUGACCAUUGAGAACGACGGCUCCAUUGCUUACAAGGAGUACGAGGAGAUGAUCGCUAUCAGAUGCACCUGUCGAUAAGAUUCCGGGGGUUUUUUUUGUGUGAUGCAUUGCUUUGUAAAACACUGACCUGUUUUUUUUUUUUUGCACUGGCCAUUCUUAUAAUGAAGAUGAUUAAUGACCACAUGAAUUGGAUAAUUUGCUGCAAUGUUUUGUUUAACAUUACCUUUUUAUCUGAUUCAUUAAUGCUUAGAAUAUUCAAAUCAAUUAUGCAAUUG